UUUACGAAAGUGUAUUUAAACAUUAAAGUCUCAGUAAGGCAUUAUUAAAUCUAUAUUUAUGUAAUAGUAAGAAUGCGUCAUAUUUUAUCGAAAGGUAUUUACUAGCUUAACCUGACAGAAAUAAAAGGAUCCCGUACAAGUCUUCCUAUAAUUUUAUCUAAUUUUUUUUUCGCAUCCUGUAUACGUCCUCCUGAGUCAAGCCUGCAGCCUACAAGACAUCUGUUUAUGACAAUGGAAUUUGUCAGCCGUCAAUGUCAUACCAACAAAAAUUCUUGAAGUUCCAUGUUUUUAUUUCUAUUAAUUAUUGUUAACUCCCAUAACAGUUAGUUGCAUUGAAAGAUUAAUUGAAUUAUUGCAGUAAAAGCUUUAUUAUUCAGUUAUUGUCUAUAAUUUGGGUUCAUCAUUUCCUGAGCCUGCUGUGAAUUUGUCGAGUGUACUGGUAGUCGAGUGACCGAACUGGUAGUCUUUGGAUUUAAGGAUGAGUUUUUUUGGCUUCGGUCAGUCUGCCGAAAUUGACCUUUACCUUGAUGGGCAGGAAACGCGCAAAACUGCCGAAGUAAAAACUGAAGAUGGGAAAAAAGAUAGACUGUUGUUGUAUUAUGAUGGAGAAACAGUUUCCGGAAAGGUAAAUGUGAGCCUGAAAAAACCAGGCAGUAAGCUCGAACAUCAAGGAAUCAAAAUAGAAUUUAUAGGGCAAAUAGAAAUGUUUUAUGAUAGAGGAAACCACCAUGAAUUUAUUUCUCUGGUAAAAGAAUUGGCCAGACCUGGAGAAAUGAUUGCUCACACGAGUUUUUCAUUCGAUUUCAGUAACGUUGAAAAGCCUUUUGAGGUCUAUACUGGCGGUAAUGUACGAUUAAGAUACUUUCUGAGAGUGACUAUAAUCCGGCGGUUGGCUGAUAUAGUAAAAGAAUUGGAUAUAGCCGUACAUACACUGUGUUGUUAUCCAGAAAUGAAUAAUUCAAUCAAAAUGGAGGUGGGAAUUGAAGACUGUUUACAUAUUGAAUUUGAAUAUAAUAAAUCUAAAUAUCACUUGAAAGAUGUAAUAGUUGGAAAAAUCUAUUUUAUAUUAGUGAGGAUAAAAAUCAAGCACAUGGAAAUUGCUAUUAUCAAAAGGGAAACCACCGGAUCUGGACCGCAUAACUAUACGGAUACUGUUACUAUUGCAAAAUACGAAAUAAUGGACGGAGCUCCAGUUAAAGGAGAAAGUAUUCCCAUUAGGGUAUUUUUGGCCGAUUACGAUUUAACACCUACCAUGAGGGAUGUGAACAAAAAAUUUUCUGUCAGAUACUUUUUAAAUUUGGUUCUAAUGGACACAGAGGACAGAAGAUAUUUCAAACAACAGGAGAUUACCUUAUGGAGACGAGGAGAUAAAGUCAGAAAGCCAAACAUUCAAUCUCCAGCAAUAAUGGCUGGAACCCAGAACCUGGAAAAUACUGCUGCUAUCUAUGGCCAGCAAAAUGAUGAUAAUGAUCAAGAAGAGAACAAAUCUAAUAAUCUGAGUCAUGAAAAUGGCGAACAAGCUGAUACUGCACCUGUUAAAGAAGAUUUUCUAAGGUCCCAGUCGGAAGACAAGUUGAAUGAUUCCGUACCAGAUCCCUUUGAUCAAGGUACUACAUCGCCAACAGAUCGAAGCCCGGAAAGCCAAAUUCAGAACAUGAAACGAGAGGAAGGGGAUGGUCAGAACGACACAGGGGUUGAAAACAUUGUUGAGUGAUAUAACCAGAAUAGAUCUACAGUACUACUGUGAUGCUAAGAAAGUGCUUGCGCUAAAUUAAGGAAUAAAGACACUAAGAAUAGACUAGUGGUAAUUGGCCAGGGGAAGCGUGUAAAACAACUAUAGUUGUUUCAAUGUAGAAUGUAAAAUAAGUAAGUUUUUUCUUUAAAAUAACAAUAUAUUCGUAAGAAAAUUUUAUAUAAUUUAGUAAGAGGGCCUUUUAGAUGUUAAAAUGUAAGAAGUAAUUAUUGAUAUUUAUGUUUAUAAAGCACACUCGAUAUUCACGUCGUUUCAAUCACUUGUCGACUGAAAUAUAAAUACUAGAUUUAGACUCAACAAUACUUACAGAUGGCAAUGAUCUUAAAAAUAAAAGCCUAAUAUUUAAAAAUAAGUAAUUGAUUAAUUGCGUAGUUUUCCAACCCCUGUUUCUGAUUUCAGGGGAAAUAGUUGUGUAUUUUAAUUGAUUGUGGGCUUAUUUUAAAUUCUACAUUUUAAAAUUGGCUUUAUAAACUAAUUUGUAAAUACUGUUAUAUAUUUACCGUUAGAACAAGAUUGAACUGUUUCUCUGUAUAUUCGGAUAAGUUAAGAAUUUACACAGGAUUUUAGUUGUAUAUUGUUUCUCAUAUUAGCCAAAUACAAAUAUUCAAGAAACAA